CAAAUCCCAUUCUACGAUGUGUAAAAAUGUCAACCAUAUGAGAUUAAAUAUGUGUUUGCGUUGAUAUUCCAUGAGUCACAUCCUUCAGAAUAAAAUAUUUCUAAUCAUAACAAUACAUACUCGAUUAGAAUAUUUAAUAUUGAUGCUUUUAUGUUUGGUAUCGCAUCUCGUACAAGUACAAAUUAUUUUGCUUAACGUGUUACCUUAAAGAUUUUGUUAAUCAAUCGCAGUGCUCUUAUCAUAACAUUAAUGAUAUUUUUAUAAAGUGAGCUAAAUCACAUUACGUUUGUCAUUUGUGAAAAUGAUGAAAUCUUUGCCGAAUGGGCAAUGACCAAUGCUAUUUUGGCAAACUGAAGGUGGUUGUGUUGUAUAUAUGGAAUAUCAUUAUAUUCUAAUAAACGCUUAACCUUGUUUCAAUCACUAAUUUUUGUCGAUAAAACCAGUACUAAUUUUUUUUUAAUAUAUUUAUAGAAAAACAGAACAUUUCAUACAUAUGAUACACUAAAGAUUAUCAAUUAGUAUAAAUAGUAUUUAUAGUGAUUCUAAAAAUGGACAGCAUUUUCACACAAAACAUCUUAGAUGAACCAGAGGAUAUACCACAGACAGAUGAGCCAGUUUGGGUUCUUGGAAAAAAAUACAAUGCUAUCAAAGAUCUCAAAUUUCAGAAUUGGAUGCAAUUCGUAAAGACAUAAGGUCUAAAUUAUGGUUUACCUAUCGUAAAAACUUUGUACCAAUUGGUGAAUCUAACACUACAUUUACAUCCGACAAAGGUUGGGGUUGUAUGUUAAGAUGUGGGCAAAUGGUCCUUGGACAAGCUUUAAUUACCUUACAUUUAGGUAAAGAUUGGCAAUGGACACCAGAAACUAGAAAUAGUACGUACCUGAAAAUUCUGGAAAGAUUUAAAGAUAAAAAGACUGCUGUAUAUUCAAUUCACCAAAUUGCGGUAACUGGAGCAACAGAAGGAAAAGAAGUUGGACAAUGGUUUGGUCCCAAUACAAUAGCACAAGUAUUAAAAAAAUUAGUUGUGUACGAUGAUUGGAGCUCGAUUACAAUACACGUGGCUCUAGACAAUACAUUAAUAGUUAACGAUAUUUUAAGACAAUGUAGAGUAGAAGGAGGUACCACAGCAGAAGCAGAUGGUGACAUACCAUUAAAAGCACCUAGCCAAUGGAAGCCUUUAUUACUUUUAAUACCUCUUCGCCUUGGGUUAAGCGAGAUUAAUCCUAUCUACAUUAACGGGCUUAAAACUUCAUUCAAAAUCCCACAAUCUCUAGGAGUAAUAGGAGGAAAACCCAAUCUUGCUUUAUAUUUCAUAGGAUGUGUUGGAAACGAAGUAAUUUAUUUAGAUCCUCACACAACGCAAAGAUCAGGUAGUGUUAAUAAAAAAUUAGAGGAGGACGAAAUUGAAAUGGACACUACUUAUCAUUGUAAAUCUGCUAGUCGUAUUCCUAUUACAGGAAUAGAUCCUUCUGUAGCAUUAUGUUUUUUUUGUGCAACUGAAAAAGAUUUUAAAUCUUUGUGCAACUCUAUUCAAGAAGAACUGAUUAUUCCAGAAAAACAACCUCUAUUAGAAUUGUGUACGGAGAGAUUGACACAGUGGUCCCCAUCCGAUGAUGCUGCUUCGGAAGCAAUAGCAGCUACAAGUUUUGUAGAUCUUCAAUAUGUAGAUUCCCAGUCUGAUACAUCUGACGAGGACUUUGAAUUACUUGGUUGACACUUAAUCACCAAUUAAAAUCAAUAUGCAAUACGAGAAAUAUGUAUAUAAUAGCCUGAAUGUUCCACUGACAUACAUAAGAAUGAAACAUAAUUAUUCAUUGGAUAUGCAGACUUCAACUAAACUAGUACUGUUGCAGUACUAGGUGAUGGAAAAUAAAAUAAUUUAUACCAAACAAUAUAAACAUUGUAUAUAUUACUUAUAUUUAAAUUUUUCGGACAUGAGUGAUCUAUGCAUUGUUAAUACGAUAUAUAAAUUUGGAUACUAAUAAAAAGCUCUGCAUAAAGAGAUACUUGAUUUCGCCUACAAUACGAUAUGUACUUACAUAUACAUAAAUAUAUAUACAUAUAUAUUAAUUACACUAAUAUUAAUUUAUGCUAGUUUAAUUAACUAAUAAUCAAUCCACAUCAAAUGUAAAUGGCUGUUAUGCUGAGGGAAUAUAAUACGUAUUUAUGUUUCUUCAAAGUACAAUUGUGAUAUAUUAAUUUUUAAAAUGUUUAUCGUGUUGUUUGUCAGUUUUGUAGCUUAAGUGCUAUAUGUAUAAAAAAAAUAUUUAAAAAUAUUUUAUGUACAAUUUUUUAUAAUAAAAUUUUUAAAAACAUUUGAAUACUCACGAAAGUAUUUAAAUGUUAAAAAUAAUUUCAAGAAAUUGUCUGUAUAGAAAUAUCGUACACGUAUGACUACUUGUUGUAUACCAAUGAAAUAGUUAAAUUAAAAAAGUGUGAACACUCAUGUCCUUAAAAUAUUUUUGCCUUCUUUAGCAUAUAAUGCAUACAAGAAUUGGAAUAUGCACUAAUGUAUAUAGAAUUUGCAAUGUGUUCAGGAAGUAAAUGUGAAUUUUUCAGAUUUUAUUAUUCUUUAUUUCCGAAACGAACAAGGGAACUUGUAUUGUUGAAAUAAACAUUCAGAAAUUUGAAAUAUUAAUGCCUUUAAGUAAUAAAAUAAGAAGAGUAAUAUAAAUUUAUGCAAAAAAGAAGGUAAAUCAAUGUUAAUUUAUAUUAUAUAUUAAUUGCAUUAAUAACAUGUCAAAGUAUACAACUAACUGUGUUAAUAAUUAUUACACGCGAAUUAUAUUUAUAUUCUCUGAAUACUCAUAAACGCUGCAUUAAAUUGUAAAAACAUUCUGUGGUUCAAAGUUCAAUGUAUUUAUAAAAUUUUAUAUAACGGAAUGAAAAAUAUAACUGUUUCUAAAUAUGCUUAAAAAAAUCAUUUUCAACGUUACAUUAUUACAUGUAACUAGUUGAAUAUACAUUAACGUUACGAUAAAAUUUAU